AUGACAGGUGAAUCUUCCGUUCGUCUUCCUAGUCCGGCAGCCUGUCUUCAAGAAUUGGACCCUGUGCCAAUCCUAGACGGCAGCGUUAGCCCGGAAGAGGGAAACAAGUUGGAGGAACUUCUCGAGGAAGGCCAUGCUACCACUGCUCCUCUUCGCAAUCCAAAACUCAUAUUUCACAAUCACUUGCCUCAUGUUUUAGGCUCGGCUUACGCCCUAGGGGCGAACAUUGACCAACUCGACGAACUAUACGAGCACGAGAUCAAGGGCUUGGUCCAUUCUGACGAUGUAGAAAUGCCGGGCGAUUCCAUUACGCCGCCAAAAUGGAGGGACUUCUUGAACCGAAAAUCGCAUACUGUUGAGUAUGUCAAAUUUUUCGACGAGGAGAUAAGAUCUCACAACAACGAUUGGAAACCUGUCCUUGAAAAGUAUCUUUUUACAGAUGAGGAGCCGCUCAUCAAUGGCUUUGUGGGUGGUCUCGGUCACCCUUUUAUUCAUCUUGCGUAUGCUUGGGAGCUCCAGUCUUCAACGGUUGCCUCGGAGGCACUUUCACUAGGAUGUACUGAGUACUUUGGGCUUCAUGGUCUUCUCGACCACUAUCCCCCGGAUAACUCGACAUUUAAAACGACCAGUCUGGCCGACGUGAUCAAAAAGGUCCAUGAUGAUGAGCGAUUGGAUGGUUUGUUUACCGAUCCAGGUAUUACAAACAUGGGCGUCUUGCUAGAGAAACGGUUUGAUGUUCUUCUAGAACAUUGGAAUGCGUGGGAGGCAACAGACCCACUCCAACAACUAGAACAUUGCUGUGAUGUGUCCAUGUUACUGGCUUUUGGGACAGGCAGCCGCGAGCUGAAAUACGACUUCUUCCUGAUGCACACUAUGACAGUCGCUCAUGCCGUCCGCGUUCUCUGGCAUUUCCUCCCUAAGGAGAGACAUGCUUGCAUUCUGAGGCAAUAUGCCUUGUUUGUGAUUAUGAUUUACAUUUGUCAGCUGAAGCCCACGUUCGAUGUUCAUAUUAUCGACUCGAUUGACUCCGUGUCGCUCGACGGUCGUGACUGGGAUUUUGUGGUAAGCCAGGCCUUGACACACACGUGGUACAAAGAUGCGCAUUUUUUCAAGGCUGUUCGAGGACCCAAAGUAUUUGAGAAGACAUAUGGAACCAAGGACAAUUUCUAUCUCAAGGCAGCGGCCAAAUUUGUUGACGAAUUUGAUGGAUGGGAGGGGUUCGGCCUUGGAGUUGAAGGCUUCAUUCCAAGCAGAGACGGAUACAUCUAUACUCAGCGCUGA